CUCUCUCUACCCCUCUACUUUUUCAUUCGCAUCUCUAUCAUUGAUUUCUCUGUUCAUUCUGAGCUCUGAACAAGGAGUUCCUCCAACAAGUCCAAUCAUGGUGAAGGAGACAGAGUACUACGACGUUCUUGGCGUCAGCCCUUCUGCCUCCGACGACGAGAUUCGCAAGGCCUAUUAUCUCAAGGCAAGGCAAGUUCACCCAGAUAAGAAUCCAGAUGAUCCUCACGCUGCCGAGCGUUUUCAGGUACUAGGGGAAGCUUAUCAGAUUCUCAGUGAUCCUGUGCAAAGAGAAGCAUACGACCGCAAUGGCAAGUAUUCCAUAUCUAGGGAUACGAUGCUUGACCCAAUGGCAGUCUUUGCUCUUCUUUUCGGUAGUGAAUUAUUUGAGGACUAUAUAGGACAUUUAGCUGUGGCAUCCAUGGCAUCUUCCGAGUUUGCUGCCGACAGUGACAAUCCUGACAAACUACACGACAGAUUAAAGGCUGUCCAAAAGGAAAGAGAAGAAAAGCUUGCAAGGUUCCUUAAAGACGCCCUUAAUGAAUAUGUCUAUGGAGAUAAAGGGCGUUUCAUUCAACAUGCCGAAGCUGAAGCCAAGCGGUUGUCUGGAGCAGCUUUUGGAGUUGAUAUUCUGAACACCAUUGGUUACACAUACUCAAGGCAGGCAGCGCAAGAGCUUGGGAAGAAAGCCAUGUAUCUCGGGAUGCCCUUUCUCGCUGAAUGGGUUCGAAGCAAGGGCCACUUUUGGAAAUCGCAGGUCACUGCAGCAAAAGGUGCUUUCCAAUUGCUGCAAAUGCAAGAUGAUGUGCGCCGGCAGUUCAAAAUGGAUGGAAGUGGUCCGGGAAAUGAUGUCGAGUCACAUAUAAGGUUAAAUAAGGAAACUCUUAUGAACUCCUUAUGGAAGCUGAACGUAGUUGACAUUGAAGUUACACUUAUGCAUGUGUGCCAUUUGGUAUUGAGAGAAUAUAAUGUAAAGAAAGAAGAACUUAAAGCCCGUGCUAUGGCUCUAAAAAUUCUUGGAAAGAUUUUUCAGCAGGGAAAAAAUGCGAAGAAUGGUGGAACAUCAAGGAAGAAAAGUGACCAUCAGAUUGAUGAAGAUGAUAGCAGCUCAGAUAGCAGCGACGAAGAUGAUUCACCGAAGACACUCUCAUAUCGGACUCCCUUAAUGACACAGGGAAUAGGUAGACUAUUUAGAUGCCUCUGUAAUCCAGCAUUUGACGUUGAUGAUGAAGAGAUUGUAUACAGAAGCAAAUGAUUUAUGAAGCAGCAGCACUAUAGUGGCAAGUACUCCGACUAUCAAGCAAUUGUCAUAAGUUGGCUUCACCGAGAUGAUGAACAACAGUCGAAACUUGAGACAGUAUACAUGAGUUUUAGAAAGCAGUCCAUGGCACUUACCUGCCAUGGAACCCUACAAUAAUAUCAGAAUGGCAAGUGCACAGAGGAGAAAUUUAUCUUCCUUCAUUUCUUUUCCAAUCAAUCAUGGCAUGUCACAGGAGGAACACCAAUCAUGAAAUUUUAUCAUAUAAGCCAAGGGUAUGAAUAUGAUAUUCCAAUUAUGUACUUUUUACAGCAGAAGUUGCAAGGACAGAUCAUCUUUGGUUUUUGAUAGUUUGGAACUCUUGCCCUUAAAAAGCAUUUUGACAAGAGUGGAAAUGAUUAUAUGGUCAAAAUUCAAAUGACA